AUGCAACUUUCAGGUCUAGUUCUAAUCGCCUUUUGCUUUUUUUCACAAAAAGCGCAGGCCCAGUUGGUAUAUAAGUUUGUUAAAGUUGAGUGCAACGGUAAUGCGUCACGGGUCCGUAACGAGUCAUGCAGCCUUAAGGCCAUCAAUUGGAACGUGGGGGUGUUGAACGGGGAACUCGUCUUGCUUGGAACAGUCUGGAACCCCAUUAUUCAAGUUCAAGUCUUCAAGAAGGACUAUGCCAACCAGUUCAAGCCGUUCCUGAUCGACGUGAAGCUCCACAUGUGCCAAGUGAUCGAAAGGAAGAGCUUUAUUCCGUACGGCGUGAUGAUGUGGAAGAUCUUAAAAAAAUAUACAAAUCUAAACCAUUCGUGCCCCUACUCAGGUCACCUUUACGCGAAGGAUGGUUACUUGACCAGCGAUGUACUGCCUCCAUUUCCACAGGGCGUCUACAUAUUUAGCUUUAUGUUCUCUGAUGAAAACUCAACCCACACCGAAUAUGUGGGCACCUUAAAGCUCUACACGGAGGUCAUGGAAAAGGUAAAGAGCAGGAAGAAGCCGAAGGCUAAGGGAAAUUAG